UAACUAUCUAUAAUAAUUUAUUUAUGAUUUUCUACAAAAAAGUAAUUUUAUGAUAAGUAAUAUUCUUUUCGCAUUACACACAAACAACAGAUUAAUAUACGGUUUUUAUAAACAACAUUAUUGCGCCGAUAACCAAAUUGAAUUAAAAAAUGAUCACAACUAGCAACAAGUAAUUUUAGAAGAGAGUAAUGGUUUUUAUGAUUCAUUAGAAGAUAACAAACACUGAACAUCGAAUCGCGCGUUAAAAAACCGCCAAGAGAAAAAUAAAUCAUUUUCUUGAAACGAACUGUCUUUAAAUAGUCCAAUUUUAACGAAAUUGUUGGAAUUCAAAAGAUAAACAUUAUUGUUUGAGUUCACUUAAUGGGUCAAUAUUCUUCUUUUAUGAUUAAUUUGGAACUAAAUUUCUGUUUUAUCGUUUUGUUGACGGUUUAGUAAUGAAGUGCCCAAACUGCCAAUAUUUCCAUUACGAGAGCCGUAAAUCUUAAUCAUAACCUCACAUUACCACAAAUUAAUACAAAUAAAUGGGAUUGAUGUUGGAAUCAAAAAUAGCAAUCGGACCGUUUGGGUUGUAUUUAAAUUGGAAAUAAAAUAAAUCUACGCAGAGAUUGCAAUUGAUUUCAUCUUUCGAAAUGUUACAGUAAAACGUACAUAUACUUUUGUUAGACCAUUUUAGGCAUUUGAUGUUGGCCUUAAGCUUGACAAAUGAAGGUUACUGAUAAAAUAGCUUGUAGUUUAUUCAAUAAAUUUCGAUCAGUGUAUGUCAAUUCAGCAAAUAAAAACUUCGAUCUGAUAAGAAGAUACAAAGACAAAUAUUUAGAAUGCAUUCACCAAUCAAUACUUCCGUUGUAAUUUGAUAAAAAGUGUCAUUGUAAACUACCAAAAACUAUACCGCUGGACAUGUUAGAGAAUUGAUCAAUCAGUAAUUGAUUGAUUUUGUUUUCCUUUGAGUGAGGUGCAUUAGGAACAGAGUAAGCGCGUUACGCAGGCUGUCCACCAUAAAGCAGGACAAGAUCAUUAUCAUCCCCUGAUUGUGCCGGAACUUUUUUUCCAAUUUUGAUAUUGUUCACUCUCCGUUUUAAGUGACUAAAAAGCGUCCCUUCAAUUAACCACUGCUGUGUGUCGCGUGUCCUGUGUCUGCCUAAAAUUAUUUCCACCAGCGGACCACAUCUCGUGUCUCGCACAGUUUACUUACCGUAAGGCGCCUCCAGUUUUUGAACAUCCAAAAGAAAAACGGAUGAACACUACAGAAUACCAGGAUUUUACCACUGUUGCUCCCAAUGAAACAUGCCACGUAUGGUUAAAAGAUGCUCUUGGAAGUUUCGAUAAUGUAACGAUAGAGGAAGUCAACGCACAACUAGUGCGACGAAACUACGGGGGCAUCGGUCUCCUGUGUACACUCAGUUUUAUAGGACUGAUUGGAAACACGCACGUUUUAUGGGUCUACCUGCGCCAGUUCGGGAAAUCCAACUACCGGGUGUACGUGAUAUGGCUGGCAAUGCUGGACGUUUUCCAGUGCGCUGUUGUAGCUCCUAUGGUGGUCUCCUACUUGUUUUUCCCUGUAACUUUUCCAUCUGAAAUUUAUUGCAAAAUAUUUCGUUUCACUAAUUACUUUGCUGCAAUAGCUUCGACUUCCUCCUUGAUCUCCAUUGCUGUGGACAGGUACAAAGCAAUAUGCAGCCCUAUGAAGAACCAACUAACAAACACACAGGCAAAACUUCUAUGUUUCAUGAACAUUGUGGUGGCUUUCGUGUUGUCUUGGCCAGCGCCUUUCCUCUACGGAAUGAGAGAAAUCCAAACCGGUAUCCCGGGGUUGCAUGGUGUCCGCUGUUUUACGGAAGAAAGAUUCGAGAAAACGAAAUAUCAGAUAUAUUAUAAUGCGUUACUGGGGCUUUACUUCUUGGCUGUCUCGACUACAAUGGUAUUUGUGUAUAUCAAAAUCGGACGACAUAUUCAUACCCACUUUGAAUUUCAAGCAACUAUUCGGCGCCAAUCUGCGCGGACUUUGGACGAGGUAAAAAACACUUCCGGUUCUGGUGCACGGAGGUCGACCAUCACCCUGUGUCUGGUAACUGUCGCUUACAUCCUCAGUGCUUUGCCGCAUCAUCUGUUGGCGGUGAUGAUCUUCGUCAUAAAGGGGUUUGACUGUAGCCUCUCUCUGACAGAGUCGCAGGUAUACUACACGUUCAUCUGGUCGUAUUUCGUGAACUCCAUGGUUAAUCCAUUCAUUUAUGGAAUCAGAGACAAAAAGUUCCGUUCAGCAGUUAGGCACAUAUACCGACGAUAAGGUGUUUUUUUAUAACGGUGUGUAUAUAGUAUUGUGUUUAAAUUUUAUUUUGAAUCCAAACAGCAGUAAGAUGUAAAUAUUCUCGUUCUGUGCUAUGUGUAUUCUUUCUAAUACUGACUAAGUCAGUAAGCUGUGGGUUCUUUAUCAAUUAUCCUACUAUCUGUAGUGUCCGAUUGUUUACAGCCCACAAUAAUUGUCUAUGUUGGCUUUUAUUUUGUUGUAUUUUACACCGGUUAUGAAAUCCUUGUCCAGUUACAAAAUGUAUUAUGAUCAGUGAUAAUGUACAUUUUUUUUUUUUAAUUUGAUUCCACCGUGUGAGUUUUACAAGCAUAUCAGAUGGUAUAUAGACGAUGUACUGGUUAAAUGCAGUUCUUCUUUUUAGUCAUUUUAGUGCCAUGUAUUCAGGUUUUGGGGAAAACAAUAAUCAAUUGUAAUUCAUAAAUCAAAAGGUUAAUAAAUGUUAGAUCAGAUAACAUGUGUUAAGUGAAAACGUACAGAUCAAAAUAGAUCGUUUGCAAUAUUGCACUUUUUUCUGUAUGUUUUAUUGCUUUGCUAAAAACUCCGGCAGUUUUGAUUAACAAUGGUUUUCAUUUAAGAUGUAAAAUGCAAUUGUUCAGAAAACUUCCUCACAUGUUGUCUAUGAGUGCUACAGAACUAGAUGUAUAAUCAUUCUCAAAGAGAAUGAUGAGGUGAUGUACGAUAUGAACUUAUAAAUUAUGACACGGGUACAUUGUUAAGUUCCAAUGUAUAAGGUUUAUGUUGUUACAUUAAUCUUGUGUGACUUACAGUUUGAAAAACUUAUUCCAAUAAUAGGUCAUAUUUAUAAAAUCUUAAAGAAAUGUUUAUGAACUGUUUUUUUUUUUUUGAGAAUUUGUUUUAAAGUGUGACUGGUUUCAAAGUAUUCCUUGAACACGUAGCAAUACAUUAUUUUUUUUAUUUGUUGAUCUUGAUAUUUUAUUUUACAUGCAUGUAUGCAGAUUAAAGCAAUAAUAAAACAAAGAACAAAGAGA